AUGACCGAGCCCAAGUCGGUUGCGGUAAUUGGAGCCGGUAUCUUUGGUCUUUCGCUGGCCAUUGGCCUCCGCGACCGAAUGUCUCGAGAUUACCGAGUCACCGUCUUCGAUCAGAACAAUUACGACAAAAGCGGUUAUGACCCAGGGGACGACGGCGUGCAGGCUGCGUCCGUGGAUCACAACAAGAUAUUUCGCGCAUCGUACGGAACAAAGCUGCACUAUCAGCGUCUCGCCCUGGAGAGUCGCAGUGCCUGGCUGGCCGAGGACGAGAAACGGGGGCUUGCUGAACCGAGCGACGAAGAAAAUGAUCGCAGAAUCUUUGUCGGGAGUGGGAUGCUGAGAGUUCAGCCGUCAGACCAGAUUGGAGCGUUGGAAAGAGAGACGCUCGCUAAUAUGCAGCGCGAUGGCUUGCGACCUACCCAGUUUGUCAAGAGCAACCCCGAAGACCGACAGCGUGCUGCGCAGUCGGGCUGGGAGACCAAGCUACUUGAUUUUGAGAUUCCGCACACUUCUCCUACGAAGACAUACGAGGCAGUGCUGGACUCGCUGGCGGGGUUUGUGCGGUGCAGUGCGGCAUGCGCUCACUAUCAACAGAUUGCUGCAGCCAAAGGUGUGGAGUUUCGUUUCGGACCUGGGAAGGGAACGGUUGAAUCGCUUGUAAAGGUGAAAAGUGAGGUGGACACGGGGAAGGAAAAGGUGAUUGGUGUCAAAACAAAAGACGGCAAAAUCCAUGAUGCCAAAGUCGUGGUUGUGGCCGCCGGAUCCUUUUCAACGCAAGUUCUUCCUGAACUGAGCUACCACCUCGAGUCGUCCGCAGGCAGCCUUGCCACUUUCAAGAUCGACCCAAAUAAUACUGACCUAUGGGCAAAGUAUUCACCAAAACGCUUCCCCGUUAUGACUUGGAAGAGUGUGCCUCGGGAUAGCACUGGCAAGGAUACGGGUAGCAUCUACGUUCUGCCCAGGACCCCGGAGGGCUUGGUGAAGAUUGGAUAUCGCGGGAUCAAGUUCACCAACUUCCAACCCGCACCGGAGAAAACACCUUUCACGCAGGACGGCAGAUGGUCGGUGCCUCUCCCUCCUGACGAGUCCUCAGAACUUCCGGAGUCGGCGGUCUACGCUGUCAAGCAGUUCGUCUCGAUCUUCCUCCCCGAAUUCGAUGACUUGCCAUUUUACUCGACGAAGCUAUGCUGGUACACUGAUUCACUAGAUAACUCUUUUGUGAUUGACUACGUCCCAACCUACGCAGAGAAUUCAGUCUUUGUUUGUACAGGGGGCAGUGGCCACGGGGCCAAAUUCCUGCCAGUUCUUGGACAUCACGCUGCCGAUAUCCUCGAACAUGGCGAGCAAAGCUCCUCGUAUAUGCGCCCUUUUUGGCGCUGGCGACCAGACUGUCCCCGGAGGAAUGGCCUCGAAGAAGGCCCCAAUGGACCGCGAGAUAUUUCGCAGCACUAUGUAGUUAUAGAUGCAGAAGACUGCGCGUAA